AUGUCGACUAUUCGUACGCGUGAUAUCCUGAGACAAAUACGGAAUAAGAAGCACGAUAACGAUGAGCCUCGAAUUUUGGUAGUUCAAUUUAAAUACUGUGUGCACGUGAAAAAACUCGUAUUUAAGGACGAUGAAGUGCUCGUGUUCGGAUAUGCAUCACGACUGUACGAGAAUGAUACGAAGGCCGAGUGGAUCGCAGAAGAACAGCAUCUAAUAGCGCAUCCGGCCGACCCACAUUUGCUUACUGACCGAUACGAUUGUCGACUUUAUUUGGGAUCUCUUGCGGAAUUCAAUGUUUUGGAUGAGAAUGGUGAAGGAGCGAGAAGCGACGAUAUUGGUGAGGAUGUAUCUUCAUCGGACACAAUAGAUCGAGAGGAGGAGGCUUUGUGUGAGGAGGAGCGUUACAAGGAUUUGUAUGAAGAUAUACGUCGCACUCAAGAAGAAGAAGAAGAGAAGAAUAAACGUCGUCGUGCUGAAAUUGGCUUCAGUUAUGACGAACGGUCGAAACAGGAAACCAGUAGUAGUAGUGAAGAGGAGAUUGAUGAGCCGUUUGUACGUCCUGAUGACAUCAAACUCCCUCUCGGAAUGAAUCUGCCAGAAACGAUGAAGCAAAAUGCCGUAAUAGAACGUACAGCAACAUUUGUUGUUGCUCAAGGUGCACAAAUGGAAAUUGUGAUAAAAGCGAAACAACGCGGUAAUCUUGAUCAGUUUGGUUUCCUGGAAUUCGAUCACCCGUUGAAUGCAUAUUACAAGUAUAUUUCAAAAAUGAUUCGUGAAAAGAAAUAUGUUCCAAAGCCACACAUACCUCAAAGAAGACCUAAAUUGAAGAAGUUGCGGAGAUUGGAGGAGGAGGCGGAGAGGAAGAAAAAGUGCAUGGGAAGUGAUACUGAAAAACAAGGAACAUGCUGCAAUGUGGAAACAGAUUCUGAGUCAGAUUCAGACUCAGGUGAUCAUUAUUUACAUCCACUUUUGAUGGGUGGUGCGAGUGCAUCAAAUCUUAAAGAAGGUAGUAGUUCAGCAGUUAUUAUCGGACCGAAAACGAGGGAAGAACUUCAGAAAACUGCUACGCCUUCACCUCCACCACAAGUGAAGAUCGAUUAUGAAAUUGGAAAGGGUAACGACGUUUAUUCAUCACUGUUCAACAACCUUUCUGGUAUUGUUCAUUCACAGUCCACUCCACUCCUUUCCAGGCAAUCCAAUCAGCAGGCCAAAAGGAAUGAGAACAUGGAUGUAGAGGAUGAGUAUGUGAAAUGGCAUAUAAGUUUCUAUGGAAAACCACCUCGAGUUUUAAAACAACCGUCAAUGGUACCUCCACCACCUGAUAUGACUGCAGCUGUGAAUAUGGCUGCUGAAUACGCAGCAAAAUAUGGAUGUCAAGGAGAAUAUAUAUUAGUCGAACGUGCUGAUUUGGCAUGGGAAUUUUUGAGACCUUUGAACCCUUAUUAUCCGUAUUAUCAAUCGAGAGUGCGUUUUUAUCAAGCUGAACUGGAUCGGCAAAGAGCCCUUUUAGAGGCCGAGCAAGCCGUUUUGUCAUCCACCGUAGCAGAAACGAAUGGGAAUGAAACAGCAAGCAAUCAAGCAUUAACGAAUAACGAACAAAAUAUUUGUGAUGAAGUGAAUGAGCAAGAGAGUACCAAGAACAAAUCGAACGCAUUAAAUGAUAACCCUGCAAAGGGCGACGUUGAUAAAAACAGCUCAGCAAAAGAAGAGCUUGAUGAUGAUGUGAAUGAAAUCGGAGUUAAUGCUUCAGUGGAAGAAACUAGUACAUCACCCGUUUUUAUGAAUCGCAAAAUGAGGCGGAAAGAAAUUCAAGGAUCAGCUGCAGCAUUACGUACUAAACCGCCAUCAUCUCCACAAAACGAACAGCCAAUUACUCAACCAACUGAUAGUUCCCAAUCGUAUGUGGUUAAGUUGCAGAUGACAAAAGUGCAUUCUUCUCCAGCAUUGUUUGUUCAUGAAAAUGGCAACAGUACAAAUGCAUCGACAAGCAAUCUAACCAAGAAACCUCUCGCUCCAAUCUCAUUCUCACUAUCAUUGCCGAAAGCCGAUGAGCAAAGGUCUUCACGUACCAGUGCCGCUAUUCUUGGUGCGUACGAUGAUGACGAUAACAAUAAUAAUAAUGUUAAUAGUGAAGCUAAUAAUAUUAAUGAGGUUGCUGAAUCAACCGUCAAAGGACUUGAUGUUCCAGCUGGAGUGGUCACUAAUAUUCCUCCACCAGGGUUGGCAAUCCCACCUCCACCUGUAGCACCAAUUCCGUUGGCGUCCGGUCAACUUGCACUUGAGGGUUCUGCUGAAUUGCAGUUGGAACGGAAGCAAAGACGGGGGCGAUAUUUUCCACUAGUGGACAAAAAUGGAGUGCAGAUAGGCGAAUCUGGGGAAAAAGACGUUACGUGGGCGCGUCUUUUCAUGGAGAAGAUAUUGAAUGAGAAAAGAGCAGCGAAGUUGCGAAUGCAGAACGAAGAAAAUCAAAGAAAAAGUGAGGAAACGGUAAGAGAAAAUUUAGUGAUCAUUCAAAAUCGUACAAAAAAAACUUCAAAUUCUCACCGAUGA